UGGCCCAUCCAGUUUGCAAAAAUUGUAGUGAACAAUUGAAAACGAAACGGACAAUUUAAAAGAAUUUGACAAUGUAAGCAACAUCACAACGAAGAGUUAAACAUUCUUCAAAAUUUCUGUAUCAUGUUACGAAACGUUCUUUCAAGAUUACCUGGACUUACUUCUCUACCAGAAUCAUGUCGACCUGCCACCGCGAAAGCUUUGACACGAGCUCUUUCGCCUCAAGUGGAUACAUCAGUAUUCAACCGAUCCAGACGACUCCGACAGAAUGAAGGAACUAGGCUAACAAGAUCUCAUUCAGUACCACCUCCAACCAAGAGAUACGAACACUACCAUUAUGGACGAUUCAAUGAAAAUGAAGACCUUCAAACGAAAGAGUACAAGUAUGAAAGGAAGUUGGCUGACAAAGAGGACCUCUCGGAGAAUGGUUCCAAGCAACGUAAGCUAACUGAAGUAAUGAGCGAGAUGACAUAUGAGCUGGAGGCGGCUAAGCCAAAGAGAAGCAAGAGUUGUAUCGAUUUUGAUGCUUUCAAACAAAUAGAGGAUCAGAGCUUUGAGCAAGAAAUGCUAGACCAUCUUCAACCCAGCAUGCUGAAACCGUUUGGAAGCAGUCAAACCUAUAGUCCGAAUACCUUCAGAUGUCGGCCACAAAGCUACACAAAGCCGAUAUUUCGGAUGAAUGAAGCAUUAGAGGGUACCGUCAAGUCUAGGGAGGAUGCACGAGAUACCAUCAGCGAAAAUCACAGAAGGGCGUUUUCUACUAAUAGCCUGCCCGAUGAACAUGAAUACGGUAACAAGCUAAUGGACACGAUUUCCGAAUCAGGAUCAACAGCUGUCAGCAUGAAGCAAAGGCAAAGGUCAUACUCUCAGAGAUCAAAACCAGCCAACAAAUUGAACCAAGAAACAGAAUCUUGCAUCAGUAAUCUAGAACAAGUCACAGCAGAACCCGCAAUAACUAGCUCACCUCCAGAGAAAGAACAUAUUUUCGAUCCAAUCAUCAAUAACUUGCUCGCCGCAAAAAAGAAUAAUAUGACCAAGUACAAUCCAAGUUUGGAGGACGUAUCCAUUAAUCCGCCACCAUUUUUAGAGAAACUGAAGUAUAACGUCACUACCGACGCCUAUGUUACGCCUCCAGCAGAGAUAUUGACUAAGGAAAAGGUUAUGGAGAGACAUCAAAUGCAGUCGCACAAAAAAGGGAUGGAGAACAUGCAGAAGAGAGCUAUAAGUACUUCCGAAGGACCUUUAAUGAUGAAAAGUGCAACGGUUUUGGCGGUACAGGAAAAGCUUCGCCCAUCAAAGAUGCUCGAUUGUCCUACCGAAAAAACGGAAAAACAACUGGAAGAAUCAUUAAAAGCGGCACCUGAUGGGAGAAAAUGUUUUUUGCCCUCAAAGGUGCGACUGCCUGUACCUGAGUGUAUGCCCCGUCCAAAGCACGUCUGCCCGCCUCCUCCAUGCAAAAGGGCCGACGAAUGCUUGAAGAUACUCCCGAAGAGACUACCGUUUAUUCCAGAUGGUCCGUGCGUCUGCGUUGAGCCGUAUCAACCGCAUGUUGCGCCUCCAAUAAAAAGGCUUGAUCUAUCUGCAGAGGAACCGGAAAGGGUCUGUCCAUCUCCCCCGUGUCCACAACCUAGAGCAGAUGACAACAUGCCACAUAAACCAAAACAAUUGAAACCUUACGUUCCGAAACCAUGCGCGUGUGUCGAACCUCCGCCAAUGAUCGACGUACCUUUGAAGAGGCUGCCUCCAAUGUGUCCACCCGAGGAACAUGAACGCUGCUUUCCUGAACGCAUUUGUCCCGAGGAAGUGUGCGAAAGGGCCGAUGAAAACCUCUGCGUCAGGCCGAGAAAACUACCAGCAUUGGUACCGAAAGAUUGUCCUUGCAUCGAACUAGAACCUAUGACAGAUGUACGCUUGAAGCGUCUGGAUCUCACAAUGCCAGAACCACCUCGAAUCUGCCCUUGCGUGGAGGUCUGCCCGUGUCCUCGUGCGGAUGACAACUACCAGCCGAAGCACAAACCGCUGCGUAAAAUCGUACCUGGCGAUUGUCCCUGCAUAGAACCUGAAUACAAGGAUGUUCAUUUCAAAAGGCUAGAGUGUAUUGAUGAACCGGAACCAUGUGACGUAGUAGAUCCAUGCAUUCCAUAUCCUCGGGCCGAUUACGGUUGCUGGGAGUACUAUACCCCUCCAACUCCCUGCGAAGAAAUAAAGAAAAAGCGCAAAAGUAAGAAACCAGUGCCUAGGAGAAUGAAUUUCAAACCGUCCACGAGGUGCUACAGUGUCCAACCUCGGAAGAAUAACUUCCGUGACAGCGCUGAUCGACUUAAGUCGAGCACGUUCACUAAGCUGUUCAAGACCAAUUCGGAUAAAGCCGAAGAAGUAGAGAAGGAGCAACCGCUGAUUCCAUCACUGAGGAAUGUCGUAAAGAACAAAGCGAAACCUAAGACGGUCGUACCAAACACUGUUAUUCUUCUUGAUCAGCUAAACACUCUAGAGAAGGAAUUAUCAAAAGAUACGAUACAUUUUGAACCUCAAAAAAGCAAUAAAAUAGAUAUCAGGAAAAUCAUGACCAGCAUCUCGGCUUUUGAAAAUGAGAGUGCGACUAAAACAGGUUAGCAGGAGAAUAAUAAGUUUGCUAAUCAUACUUAAAUUGAUGGAAUGGAAUAAAUAGAUUCAACAGUCAAACAUAAAGAUACAUACAACACCCAUUGCACGUCGCUACAACAUUGGUUGUGUACAUUCAGGCAAUUAACUGGUAAAGCUACGCUUAAGUGUAGGUUAAGGGACACUAAUCCCUUGAGUAUCUGUCAAUACUUAGGUAGUGACUAUAAAUACCGGCCUUGAGGUGAAUGCCGCACGAUCAGUACUGAUGUAGUCCGUACAAUCAGUAUUUCGUCAGUAUCUGGAUUUCUAAGUAUUUUUAUGCUUCAAUCACUGAUGCUCUUGCUAUAUGGCCCAUAAAUAUCACAUACCAUGGUAAAUGCUGAAGGAUCACAGUAAAUGCUGCAUUCACCUAAGCCAGUAAAAUUCCAGCGCAACGUGCUACUGUGAGAAAUCUUAGCACCACCAUGGCACCAAAGCCUUCGUCAGUGCCCCAUACGCCAGAAAAGGUGGAUAUUAAAGUUGGACAGCAUGGAAUAAAAACCACGGCGUCCACUCGUAAGGAUGACAAGUGUGCGAAGUCGAAUUUUUGCCCUAAGAAAGAAAGACUGUGUCCUAAAGGUCCACGCCUAACCCCUAUGAAGAACUGCCCAAGCGGUGAGCGAAGACCCUCUUGCCAGAGAAGGAGGCCAAUAAGUUGUUGCCAAAAGCCUCCUCCUCCGUACCCCUCGUUUUCAGAGGUCCGUAUAUGAAGGUGAAAAUAUUCUUUUUGCUCUUCGGCUUAACUGGCGUGCUCGGUAAAAUGUCGCUCAAUCCGAAGAAACGGUUUUAAAUAGCAGUACGCUUACUGCAUUAUGUAGUUGCAAUAGAGUAGCCCACAACAUUGCCAGCAAUAGCACUUACACUACGCAAGCUAAUGAAUGAAGAGAUCGAGCCAUUUUCUGAACACGCUGAGUGGACUUGCAAAAGGAAAGAAUGUGGAUUUCAUCCAAAGACUACCAAAGAAUUCGAACCUUUGAACGAAAAAAAGCAUAAGAAAUGUUACAGUACCAUGACAAUUAAUGUCAAAAACCAUGUAGAUGAACAGCCAGAUGAUCUUAUGAGUGAAUGCGGCGCUUUAGGAAACGACUCGAGUGCCAAAGGCCCUACAAGCCAAAGGUUAGACAACGGAAGAUUCGUCCGCAAACUGUUCCAGAAGGAAAUCAAAGAGCGGAAAAGUAUAGCGCAAUGUCCAAGAAGUAUAUCAGAAAAUAGGCAUCUCAUUCACAACACUGGAUGCCAUCUCGUCCUAUCCUGUCCCACGACAAGUAUAAGAAGGUAUUCCUCAAACACCAAUUCUUUCACAAGAACAUAUGCAUCCGAAAGUGAAAAAGACAAAAAAACUUCUGUACGGAUUUGCCGAAUUCAACAUGAAAAACCGCGCUGUCAAGGAAAAUGUCCUAAAUUCGACUAUCCUCAUUGCCCAGAGAAAACGGACAAGAGAUGCGAUGAACCAAUGAAAGUGUGCUGUAAGAAACAGGAAGCACCGUAUCGUGCGUUUUCUGAUUGUCUGACUGAGGAGAUUCAAGAGGAACUGAACGAAUGUCCGCUGUCCAGGGAAGCACUGGCACGACUGCAGCCGAUAAAGAAACAAGCCCCUAUUGAUGAUAUUGCUUUACUGCAGCCCAGGGAAUCUGAUAUAGGGAAAAUUGACCUCGCCAAAGAAACUCGAUGCAUAAAGAAGGCGUUGUGUAUAGAUAAUCAAGGACUGACGCAGGUUUGCGACAAUUUCGGAAACCUAAAAAGGCUCUGAAGGCGAGGGAGGUGCUACCUGAUCAUUACAAGUGCCAAGACUGCUUAGAAGUUGAAAGAGAAAAGCGGGAAAACAAAGGAAGGCGGCCGAACCUAAAUCCAACUGUUCUAAUAAAGGCUUUGGAACUGUGAAAAGGCACUAUAGUACAAAAGCCUACGGACCUGAGGACAAUGAAGGCUUUGAAAAAGACUUAGCUUGAUCCACUGUUGUUCAAAAAUUUGUUGGAGUUACAAAAUCCAACUUCGACCUGGAUCUUUUCCCCAAUUGUAGUCUCAGUCUAACACAGAAUCACUUGCAAUUCAAGAGGAUUUCGACGACAAAGAGAAUAUCACCAUGAAUCAAGAAAAGAAAGCACUCACUUUGGUGAUCAGCCCAAGAAAGAUGUACAUGACGGCUUACAACGCCUUCGGAAGAAGCAAGCUGGCAAACUGAAGGAUCCAAUUGUAAAAAUCAG